GGAGUAAAUAGCAAAUUGGGGCGCAAGAAAAUCCUUUUUAUUCCCGCCGAAUAACUUCAUUUCAGUGAAAUCCUCUCACUCCAAAUCGAAUCACCCAAUUUUCUGAGGAGAAGGAAGCUAAGAGAAGGCCUGAACAUAUGAGUAUUGGGUUGAUUCAUCAGUUUGUGUUCUUUGACCGCAAUGAUUUAUCAAAAUCUCUAAGCAAAAGAAAGCCUUUUGGGUUGCAAAAGACUAACAUGUUACGCUUUGAUUUCAUCCCUAAAGCUUCCGCUGCUUCUGUCAGUGGUUCCGGCGCCGAAUACUCUGAGCAAUUGCUAGGAGCUAAACCGAAGAAAAAGAGGCAGAGAAUAGCUGGCAUAGAUCAGGAUGAGUUAGUGGAUCCGGCAGUUUUAGCUGAUCCAGACAGUUGUUUUUGUGAGUUCAAAGGGGUACAGAUACACCACAAGAUAUGCGACCCAGAAUCUCCCUCACAGGGCAUGUUUCAUGACCCGACUAGUUCUCAAACUCCUUACCAAAUCAGGAAAGAAAGUCUUCCUAUGAUCUUGUUACAUGGUUUUGGAGCCUCGGUUUUCUCAUGGGAUCGAGUUAUGAAGCCUUUGGCACAUUUCACUGGUUCAAAAGUCCUUGCCUUCGAUAGACCUGCAUUUGGGUUGACAUCAAGGGUGAAUUCUUCUGCGUAUUCAUCUCCUGCGAGUGAUGAUAGAAAACCUUUAAACCCAUACUCUACCAUGUUUUCUGUGCUAGCUACAUUGCACUUCAUCAACUUCUUAACAGCUAAGAAGGCAAUUCUUGUUGGGCAUUCAGCUGGUUCGAUUGUAGCAGUUCAAACAUAUUUUGAAGCACCUGAGCGUGUUGCUGCCCUGGUCCUCGUUGCACCAGCAAUUAUAGCGCCACGCACUGCACAUAAGGUUGCCAGAGGAAGUCAAUUUAGAACAGAUAAUGAGAUCCAAGAAGAAGGCUCGAAUUCGAAAAUUCAUGGGAAUCCAUUUAUCAGGCUUGGCAACUUUUUAUCAGAGUUCUCUAAACUCAUUGCACAGGCAAUAAUGCGUUUGGUGAAAGGGAUGGUAGAUAUGGUCAACUCUCUCUAUAAGAAAGCUUUAUCCGCUCUUCUGCGCUCUGCCGUUGCUGUGAUGUUGAUAAGGAUGGUAAUAGAUAAAUUUGGUAUAGCUGCCAUUCGAAAUUCAUGGUAUGAUGCAAAUCAAAUCACUGAUAAUGUCUUAAAUGGCUAUACAAAGCCAUUGAGGACCAAGGAUUGGGACAGGGCACUUGUGGAAUACACAGCAGCAAUGCUUACAGAUUCUGCUUCUGAAUCAAAGCCACCACUAGUAAAAAGACUCGGUGAUAUCUCAUGUCCAGUUCUGAUUGUCACGGGUGAUAGUGACCGGCUUGUCCCCUCUUGGAAUUCGGAGAGACUUUCACGAGCCAUACCUGGAGCUUCCCUCGAAAUAAUUAAGAACUGUGGCCACCUGCCCCAAGAAGAAAGGGUGGAAGAGUUUGUGUCAAUUGUUGAGAAGUUUCUAGAAAGAGUUUUUGGUGGCUUGGAGGAGCAAUGUCUGCGAGCAGCAACUUGAGAUCUGUAUCAAUCUUGAUAUACAACUUGCUGAUGUUAAUUUGCAGAUUGCUGGGUACAACCUGAUGCAAAGACAAGGGGCUUUACAGCAAAAUAUUCUCAAACAACAGAAGAAUUUAUUGUAAAAAGAAACAAUAGUUUAGAAAUUGCAAUA